UAGGCUUUACUGACCCGAGAUUUGAACAUAGCACGAAGCAUCUACCAGCAGAUGCCGCUUGAACCGGGACCCCAUAACCUCUCCAAUCUGCCCAAGUUUGAUCCAUCUUUACGGCCAUCAUGCUCUGUGAAUCAAUUAAUGGAGGCGACUAUACCUAUGCCACGACGCACUUUAUAGAGCCUUGCUAGCGAUGAUGCACGCCGUCACUAUGAUUUUGAGAGCAGUCACGAUGGCGACUGGGUUCUUCAUUGGUAUCGCUGGCAUGUAUCAAGUACCAGAACCUCAAAUUUCGAGGCCACAACCCACAGCCCAGCUCCGAAGUUCUCUGGGACCUAGAAUUAGCCCUUGGGGUCCCUCUGUCGAAAAGCCAGGCAAUAAAGCCCCCACGGAAGCGGCACUAGAUGCGGCCAAAGAAAAGGCAAUGAACGACACCUCUGAGAACGCCUUUUCGCCACCCCUGCUUCAGCAAUCAAGAGCUUCUCCGGAUCCAGAACCUUUUGCCAACAGGAGUAACGUGUUUGUUGGAAGUUUGUGAGGAAGAGAAAAUACCUUGAUGGCCGUAGUAGUCUGAGUACUGCUAAAUGUGUAGUCCCG